AGAGUCCCCGGCUCGGGAGCCGCAGCCAAUCCAGCCAUGACUCACCAUGAGAUCUUUUCUCCGCGGGUUCCGUGCAGGCUGACCAGCUGUGCGCUUCAUAAUUGAGAGGGCCAGAUUGCAUUCGCAUCAGCGCAAAACCUUGCCCCUUUAAAUAGACACAGGUCAUCUCAGUCUCAACCCUGUAGGCUUCUCUCCUCUCCUCUCUCUCCUCUCUCUGCCUCUCUGACUUCUUCCUCCGGGAGUCCAGCUCACCAGGAGGAAGAAGUUCCAUUGCCUUCUUCGCUCAUCUGCCUGCGUCCACACUCGAACAAGACUGCAGAGACGGGGAGCGGAGGUAGUAGUGGUGGCGGUGGCCCUUGCUGGGUGGAGGUGGAGGCUUCGAUUCGGGCGGUGGCUCGUGGCCUGACGAAUCCCGGAAAGGCCGCCGGAAAGGGGAGGACAAAGGUAAACAGGCCGCUGUGAAGCCAUGGGGUGCGGGGCGUCGAGCCAGAAGGACGCCGCCGGCGGGCCCCGGAGACGGCCGGGGAGCGUCGGCGACGUGGUCGUGUUCCUCCCGGGCCUCCGGGUGCCGAGGAGCGUCGACCUCGCCCAGGCGCUCGGCGGGCGCCUGGACAGGAGCAUUGUGGAGCGGCUGUCGGCUCUGAGAGCGCGCGUCGUCGAGAUGGCAAUGCAAGAGUCGGCGGUGGCGCUGAAGCCAAGGCGGAGGGCGGCGGCACGGCACGGAUCUAGUACAGCCAAUCUCCUACAGGCUCUUGAAGAAUACUUGCCCGUUCUGCUAGGAUUGGUAAAAGAAGGUAGUAUGUUGAGGCACGCCGUGCAAUUCACUUGGACUAACCAAGAGGAUAAUGCUGAGGAGACGGCCAUGGCAGAUGCCUGGUACGAGGUGCUGUCCGUGCUGCAUUUGAUGGCCAUGGUCUGCUUGCUGCAGGCCAACACCCUGCUUCUCCCCAGGUCAUACGGCGAUGGCUAUGCACCAAGAGUUUCUGAAGAGAGCAGAAGGGUCACUGUUGAUGUUUUCUUGAAGGCAGCUGGAUACUUAGACUGCGCAAUUCGGCAUGUACUUCCACAGAUUCCACCGGAACUAAGGAGGCAACUUCCAGUAGACCUCGUUGAAGGAAAUCUCAAAGCUUUAAGCCUGCAAGCUCUGGGUCAGGGGGUGGACAUGCAGCUUGGUUUGGCUAUCGAUAGUCCAAAGGCCACUUUAGCAGUAAAACGGCGCUUAGCCUGUGAAAUGAUCAAGUAUUGGCAACAUGUUCAGGAAAGCAUUCCAGAUCUUCCUGGCUCUGAUGGAUGGGGGAAAAAGCACCGGCUGUUUGUCAAGUGGAAAUAUGUUGAAGCAAAGGCUGCAGCAUACUAUUUUCAUGGUUUGAUUCUUGAUGAGGGAAAUACAGAGAAAUCCCAUGGAAUGGCAAUAGCCGCACUUCAAGCUUCAGAAGAAUUUCUGAAAGAAAGCAAAAGGGUUUCGGAAGCCUUCCAUGCAACUCCUCCAACAUCGAGGAGCCCUACUCCAUUCGGAACAGCAAAAUAUAUGUUUGACAAGAUCCCAAAAGAUGCUUCAAGCAAGGUCCGAAUCAACCAGGACCUGUAUACCCAAGAAAAGGUCAUAGGAACUCCGCCUCCCUUACCAGAUUUUGCAUUGGCGCUAACACCUGAAGACUAUGAUCUUCCUCCAUUAGAUCCACUUUGGAACAAAGAAGACAGACGUCAUUAGGUGUAUAUGCAACAGAAUGGUUUCUUCAGACGAAAAGCUUGGCGUUAGAGAGAAACAAGAAGCACCAAGAUCUGCCAUGCGAAAGCUGAGCAUGGUAAAAGUGUACAAAGUAUGUUUGAACCAAAUUUCGUAUCAAAAAAAAAUCCAACCAAUUGUUAGGAAGGCCUGAAGAUAAUCUGAAGAGCAUUGUACAGGCGAUUUUUCUUCUGAUAAGGGAAAUGCUUUGUCAAAGGGUUCAUUUAACAUUCUUGAUCCUGAUUCCUGAUGUUCCUGAUGCUUGCAUUUUCUCGACAAGGGCAUAGCUUUGGGCCCGUUCUGAUUUAUGUGUGGUCCCUCAAUAGCUUUGCCAGAUUCAAUGAUAUUUCAAGAACUGUAACCUUCAGAGUUUCAUAAUUUGAUUGGGAACCAGCCUGGGACCAAAAGUGGCAGCUUUCAACUUGUA